AUGGAGUUGGCCUCUGAAGCCGAAAUUGAAGAAAAAUAUUGUAAUACUCAGGGAUAUGGCUACGAAUCAAGCGAGGAGCAAGAAACAAGAAAAACAGUUGAAGGGUCGCGUCAUCAGGAUCCAAUAGUUGCAGAAACGGUUAUUGACAAAGAAAAAACUAGUGAUAUCCAGGAAGAAGGCAACAUAUUAAUAGGGACGCAAGAAGUAAGAAAACCAGUUGAAGAGUCGCGGGACCUUCCAAUUGCUGCGGAAACGGUUUGUGACAAUAAUAAGAGGAACACGACACAAGAGAAUUCUUCAAAAUACCUACUAGAUGACUUGAGAAUUUCCGAUUCAUCAGACGAUGGUGAUUUUGGAUCAUCUAGCAGUGAUGAUUAUAUUUGCGCUACUGAUGAAUCGUCGUCAUCCAGUGAUAAUGAAAGAACUUCAGCUAAAAAGAAAAGAACGACUACGUCGUCGGUGAGACAUACCUCCAAUAUUACAGUUCCAGAAACACCCCCGUCGCCCAUGAGCACAUCAGAGAACCCUGUUCCUGGUUGCUCUUUCUGGGAACGCAACGGUAUGAAUAGUGCCGGGAAAAAGAAAAAAACAAGAAAAAGUGUCAAGGAGAGAAGACAGGAUAGAGCAAGGAGAAAAUUGUUUCGUAAUACUGGCUUAGAAUAUAUAACGACAUCAGGGAAAACAAAGAAACGUCGGCAACUUCAUGAACUUGAAAACUGCCGUCAAAAAUGCAAGCAGAGACUACCACAGGACUUGAGGGAGAAACUUUUUAAACAGUACUGGAGUUUAGGUAGUUACGAAAAUAGAACUAAAUACAUUGCGAAAUGUAUUGAAGUCUGCCAAAAAAAAACUUCGAAGCUUUCUCCAAAGAAAAAACGCAACUUAAAAAAACUUAAAAAAAGCUUUCGUUACUUUGUACAUGGUUUUGAUCAUACAAAACAUCCAAUUUGCAAAGGAUGUUUUUUGAAGACUUUUGAUGAAAGUCACAAAUAUCUACAAACGGUAUGCGAGAAACUACGAGACAAUGGCGGUCAUCUUCCUCAGCGUAAACGUCGAGUUGGUAAGUCAAUUCCUGAUUUCAAACUAGAGGAAAUAAAAGAACAUAUUGCUUGUUUCCCUUGCACAGAAAGCCACUACGGCCGCAACAAAACCACUAAAAAGUUUUUGAAUUCCGAGCUCAACCUUCAAGUUCUUUAUAACUUAUACAAACUGAAGACUGAUGCUCCAGUAAGCAAAACCAUCUUUAAAAAGGUCUUUGAAACCAUGAACUUAUCCUUUAAAAAGCCAUCUGUAGACACUUGUUCAAAAUGUGACCGCAUCAAUAUGAAACUCAAGUAUGCAUCUGUGGAUCAGGCUGCAAAUCUGAUAGAGACGUUCAAGGAGCAUCAAGAGGCGUUUAAGGCUGCUUACGAAGAGAAAAAGGCAGAUAAACAACUGGCUCAAUCGAGCGAAGUUGUAGCUGUCAUAACAUUUGAUUUGCAACAAUGUUUACCCACCCCGUACUUGCAAACGAAUGUUGCAUUUUAUAAGCGACAAUUGUGGACAUUUAAUUUGACCAUACACGAUUUGAAAACAAACAAGGCUUUCUGUUACAUGUGGCCGGAGUGUGAAGGUAAUAGAGGGGCUAAUGACAUUGCUUCGUGUUUAUAUGAUUUUAUCAUAAAUCAACUACCAAACUUACACCCAAACGCUAAGAAGCUGAUCAUGUUCUCGGACUCUUGUUCUGGCCAAAACAAGAAUUCGAUUGUAACAACAAUGUUAAUGCUAGUUACUAGACUAUCCCCACAAUUACAAUUUAUUGAACAUAAAUUUCUCGUACCUGGCCAUACACACAUGGAGGCUGACACCGACCAUGCAUUGAUUGAGCGUAAAAAAGAAGAUCAGGAAUAUGGAUAUACACUUGCCAAGAGAUUGGUACCAACUAGUGCGUACAGCUUCAAACAAAACAGCCAAGUUUACUGUUAUCGAAAUGACUCAUGA